CGCCCUGUGCUGCUCAUCAGUGCAUGCAGAGCCUAUUUUCCCUGAGGCAAGCGGGGUCUCAGAGGUCCAGCAGGCGAGCUGACUGAAAUGUCAGGUCACGAUGGUGUCAACCGAUGUGGAAGCUGAUAGGAGUGUGGAGGACACAUCGCUGAACAGGCCCAAUGAUGAUGCGGAAACACCGGUCAGCCUCGAUACUAUAGAGGAGCAAAGGCCAGUGAAGCAGUCCCUGAGUGCAUCUAUGCGACGGGAGACACACUGGCGUUGUCUCCUCCUUUCCUUGCUCAUGUACUGCUGCUUGGGUGUAGCGGCCUGGUGCCAGUUCACUCGUGUCACCAAGCUGUCUUUUGAUUCAUCCAGUACCUUGACUGCCUCUGUAAACUCGCUACGAGGUGGAGGAGGGCGUGCCAUGAUAUAUCAUGAUAGCCCCUGCUCUGAUGGCUACUUCUACAUCCCUCUUGCCUUUUUGCUAAUGCUCUAUGCAGUCUACUUGAUGGAGUGCUGGCACUGUCGUGCCCGCAGUGAGCUGCAGUACAAAGCAAAUGUAGACAGUGUCUAUGACAGGGUACUACACAUGCGUCAGGCUCGACCAUGUGUGUGGUGGAAAGCCAUUGGCUACCAUUUUGUACGAAGGACACGGCAAGUCACACGUUAUCGGAAUGGAGAUGCCUACACCACUACACAGGUUUACCAUGAGCGGGUCAACACACACGUGGUGGAGGGUGAGUUUGACUACAGCAAUUGCGGAAUGAAGGACAUCUCACGGGACCUACGUGGCCUGGAGUGUCAUCCAGCUACAAGGUUACGCUUUACCAAGUGCUUCAGUUUUGCAGGACCAGGACCUGAGAAUGCCUAUCUCAACCAACGGUCUAGAUUCUUCUCAGAGAUUGAGGGCUUGGAUGACUACAUGGAAGCAUGGGAAGGCAUGCAGCUAAAGAAUUUUGAUUUCAGAGAACACCUUAUAGCUUAUGUGGAUCCUGACCAGCUACCCUGGUACUCUACUCAGGUGACCUUUUGGCUGGCUGCCGUCCUCAUGCUGUCCUGGCCAUUGCGGGUUUGGAUAGAGUAUCGGACAGCCUACGUACACUACCAGGUAGAAAAGCUCUUUGGGCUGGAAUACAGCAGCAGCAGCCCAUCUUCAGAUGAGCUUCCAUCUACAAGGAAUACUCACUGUGGUAUCCCAAGAGGGGAAACGGUAGACAGCACAGAGCUGGAAUGGCAUAUUCACUCAAACCGCCAGCUUAUCCCUAGCUACUCUGAAGCCAUGCUGAUGAACUUGGGGAGCUCUAGGUCAGGACAAGAUGAUAGAGAGUCAAACGGCUUCCUAUUAGAUGAUUCCCUAAGCCAGAGCUAUGGCACAAUGCUACAAGACUGUGAUCGUUGCUGCCAGCUUGAAGGAACACGCAGGACCACCAUCAGCUCCAGCUGCUCCUCCAUCUUCUCCCGGCACACUUUCCAUUCAUGUGUGUCUCAAGACACCUCCCGUUUUUCAUUGUGCCGGAUGUAUGGAUCUAGGCACACGGUGGGGCUGUGGAGAAGCCACAGCAGCACACUGACUGAACGCUGCUGUCUAGACGAGCAGUGCUGCAGGUCAUACUCCAGCCAGCUAGCACUUAAUAACAGUCCCCCUAACUACCAGGACGCCCGCUUCUUCCCUGUCCUUAUUGUGCACAGGUCCGAGGGAUGUGGAGAUCCGUCAGAAGUGAGAAGAUAUUAUGUCCGUAGGAAUUCCCUCUGUUUGGAAACUUCCCUUUAGAACUGUAUGCAUUCUGGCUUUACUGAUCUAAUAGGGUGAUCUGAAAGUAUGGUGAAUUUCAGAAUUAUUGCCUUAUUAGAACAUAUGCCUUAUUAAAAUACAUAUGUAUAACAAAUAAAUAAAUAUUUGUGUUACAAAUUAUGUACAGGUUGAUUGAAAUUGCUUGGAAAAGGACUUCAUAUACAGUACUCCCAGAUCUUCUGCAGUGCAAAAUUUGAAGUCUAUAAAUUGAUCAAAGAAGAAACCACAGAAAAUAUGUUGAAAGACUGACUGAAAAGUUUCCACAAACAUUUGACUUUCAGGUAACAACAGGUUUAAAUCUGCCCUACAUCAUUUAACUUCCAUACAUUUUUUUGUGUUUGCUGUGCAGAACAACUAGUGAAAUAACUAUUGGUGAAAGGAAUAUUGGUUGACCAGUCAAAACUAUAAAUGGGAAUUGCAUUACUGAUGCAUCAGUGUAAAAGUUCCUGGCCAUAACCUGGCCAUCACUAUAGCUAAAAUGGAGCAUGUCUUGAAAAUCAAAUUCGAUAUAUAAUUACUGCACAGGCAUGAAUUUGUGAAUUUGUAUUCUUUGUACCAUUGCAUAAAUUAUUUUCAUUUAUAUUAUGUUUUUUUAUUGUUGAAAUAUAUGUUCAAGAUACAAAAAAAUGUAAUAUCCUGAAAACUCUUGUUUGGGUAUAUUUCAUAGCAUUGAUUUUAUAUGAAUAUUAAAUAUAUGUAAUUUGCAAAAGGGAAAAGAAAUGACUUAUCAUAUGGGCGAUAAUUUAACUGUUAUUUUCAGAAUAAGUUCAAAGCAAUAUUUCAAAACGUGCAUUGUAAUUUUUUAAAAACACUUUACAUUCUGAUCAAUAAAGCUGAUGCUCUAAGAAAAAAGUAAAAAAAUAAAUAAAUAAAAAAAACCUCUAGUCAAAGUGACUAUCCCAGGGUCUGUAAUCAGGAGCAAAAUUCACAUUAAGACUUGGUGUUCUUGCUGAGUGUCAUGUAUUUUGUGCAUACACUUCAGUUACUGGAAGAGGAACAUAUUGGAAAGGAAACAGUUGUAGGUUAAUCUGAAAACAGGAUCAAAGAAUGCCUACAUUUCUUGUGCCACUAAUUCACAAAAGGUUAGCAUGUAUCAAAUUCUGUAUACAUCAUAAUAAGAUACAGCAUACGCCUGUUAUAACCAAGGAAUAAAAGCACAGGAAGAAAAGAAAUACAACCAAUUAACCAGAUGCUUGAAAAAGUUACAGUAAGAGUCUCCCAUAUUUGUAGUAAACUAAAACUUUUGUUGCACAAUUUAUGGUGCUCUUUCAAGCUAUUAAGGCUGAUUAAUGAAAUCUUUCUAUAUUAUUGUUAACUCACCAAAAAUGAGAUUAAAUUAAACUAAAGCCAUAGCUUAAUAAUCUACAUUAUAACAAACCAUAGUUUACAAUUAUAUAUGAGUGGGACUGUGAAUGCUCUAGAUGUGUUGUGGGUAAUAGGUAGCAACUACAACUGAUGUACUGUGUUGUAUUGUUUAAAAAUAUCACUGUAUGCAAAAUGAUACACUGAUCUCAUUUUGGACAUCACUUGUGGCAGUAUACACUUACAAUCCAAGUUCUGCUAUCACUAGUAAGGUACCAUAAGGAAAUCUCUUAUAAUAUAUUACUUAAUAAUUAAUAAUAAGCUUCUGAAUUUGUUUUUGUUUAACAUAUUAGUCUAUUUUCACUUCAGUUUCCUACAUUACCCACAAUGCUGUUGGACUGCCUGCUGAAGAAUUAUAUGCUGCGGUCAAGUUAGGAGUAAGGCAGUAAUUUAUAGGUCGGAAUAAAGAUAUUUUCGCUUUCAGAAAAGCGAAGUGGAAAAAAACACAGACACCACAAUGUUUGUCUUUUGUUAGCAACAACCUAGCCAGCUAACUGUGAUGUAUAAUGAUGUAUAUUUUCCUCUUAGAACAGUACUCUGUAAUAGUCAGUAUUAUAGAUUUGAUUGAUCUUGUAUAAUCUUGCAAGAUAUGUAAAAUUUACAUGGCUGCACUAAUCAGAGUUAGCUGGCUAGGUUGUUGCUAAUAAAAGACGAUCAUGAAGGUGUCUUUGAAGUUUCAUGAAGUGUCCAUGUUUUUUUUUCCACUUCAUAUGUUAAAUGUCCCAAGGUUUAAUUUUGUCUUGUGAAUUACAGCUUAGAAAGAAAGUCAAGUGCAGCAGCUCAUCGUUUCUUAUCUAACUAAUGGGACUUCAAUCGGCCCACCCCUUUCAGCUCCUCAACUUUCAUGCUAAUACCACCAUCAGCUCAAUUAUACUUGUAGAUAUGGUAGAUAGCUAACUGUAGCUGUGCUGAAUGAGUCUUUCCUGUCUCCAAUACUCCUACAUUUAAUAUCUCACGAAUAUGACAUGCGACAAUAUGAAAACUGUGUGCUAGUCAAGUCUCCCUGUGACAUCAGAGCAGCAGACAGAUUAUCCUGUCAUGGGAAUAAUAAAAAGCAUUAGUCAGCAAUUUAGCACCAGAAUCAUAAAUAUGUAACCAUCAUUUUUCAGGAUGAAGAUUUUCUUUAAGGGUGAGGAGGGAACUCUUUGUUUACUGCAAUAAAUAUGAUUCGAUUCACGAAUCAAUGAAAUCAUCAGUAAUUAAAGCACAGAAAUUUUCACUUAAUCUAUUUGUAAUCUAUUUCCACUAAUCUAGUUCCACUAUUCUAUCUCCAGUUUCCUUAAUCACGUGGUGAUGUCUCUUGUGAUGUUGGCAGUGUACUGCUGACAGAGCUGCUGGAUUAAAACCUUCCACACUGUCUGCAAGAGGAGAAGUCUCUCUUCUCUUUUCUAAAAGAAAAAUCUAAAAAAAAACUCAAUAAAAUUAGCAUCAUUUAGUAAAGAAAUAGUCUGAACUUUGAAAAUAUUAAAAUUAUGUUCAAAACAGUAAAAUCUGUCUAAUCUAGGUAACAAAAUAAAAUUAUCUCUAAAAUGUGCCCAUGUUUAUUGUCUUUCAGUUCCAUGACGUCUUCUCCAUACAUCUACCAGAAUGCGAGUUUUUAUAACACGUGUUAAAGCAUGCUUAGAUGCUACAUGGAGUUCAGUAUGAUUCCUAUCUAAGGAGUCGUUUUGUGUACAGUUAAAAUAACCUCCUAAAACCAGAUAAUCUUUUAAAUCACAGCUCUUUCAGGACCUUUGGUUGGAGCACAUGCAAUGAUUAAUACCAAAUUAAAACCUUCAUAUUUUUGCUUUAAAUAAUAUUACUCUGCCAGCAAUCACUUCCUGUGUGGUGUAGGAUUCUGGUAAAAAAACUCCACUGGGCUUACUGAACUCAACACUACUCCUCAUUCCUAUUCCAUCAUCCAUGUAGACUCAUCUUCCUUCUUGCUGUGUUUCCUUUACAAAUAUCACAUCUAUGUGUUUUAAUUUAAUUAGUUCAUAUAGUUCUAUUUAUUUUCUUGCAUCCCUUCCUACCCGUAUAUUGAGGAAGCGAUGUUAAAAUCAGUCAUGAAUAAAAAUAAAAAAUGAUUAGCAUUAUUCUACAAGGUUUAUUUUAUACACUGUCUUCAUCUUCACA